GAAUUCGAGGAAAUUUCCAACUCGUGGCAACGAAAGGCGUCUGCAACUUCCAAAUUUUAAUUCACCGACUUCUUUUAAAAACUUUCCGGCCAUCUCCAGCUUGUCUUGGACGGUUAGACAGCGUCGCGCAGUUUCCUAUCCAUUUCUGCAUUUAAUUUGUGCUACAUGAUUUCUCAAGGCGUCGGUGAUGAAAUCUAUAAUACGUCCUCCUUAUCUCCUUGCAAUUCAUGCUCUACUUCUCUCUCAGAAUUCUAGAAAAAUAUAAGGAGAAAUACAAUGGAAGAAUUUCAGGAUUUCUUGCCAAUUAUGGCGGAGAAAUUGGGGGAACCCGAUUUCAUGAAGGAACUUUGUAAAGGAUUUCGUCUACUGGCUGAUCCACAACGGGGUUUGAUCACCGUCGCGAGUCUGAGGAAAAAUUCAGCAAUUUUAGGUGUGGAAUCUUUGUCAGAUUCGGAAAUAGAAGCGAUGGUGCAGGAGGGGGAUUUGGACGGCGACGGAGCUUUGAAUGAGCAUGAAUUUUGUGUUCUGAUGGUUCGACUGAGCCCUUCUUUCAUGGCGGAGGCUGAAAAUUGGCUACAGGAAUCCCUGCUCCAUGAAUUGGAAGAAACGUUGAAGGAUUGUAAAGCUUAAAAUUCAGAAAAAAUAUUGUUUGCAUAUUUUUUUUUCA